UCCACUAUUCGAGCACCAUUUCUUCCUCUGAAGCAAUACUUUUAGCUUUUUCUUGUGUUUGUGUGCGUGUGUUUUUUUUUUGGGGGGGUGGGGCUCUUUUCUGGUGGGGCCUCUUGAUUUGCCGGCGAGGGGGGUAUAAUGUUGCCCGCGGCUGUGAGAGGCAAGGAUGGCAGCUUCCGGUACCCAGCGGCGCUUGCCCCCCACGAUGCCGUGGUGAGGGACCCAGCUGUCUUCCUGGACACUCUCCGGCGGUUCCAUUUCUUGAUGGGCACUAAGUUCAUGAUUCCCGUGAUUGGCCGGAAAGAACUUGAUCUGCACGUCCUCUACGUGGAAGUUACCAGCAGGGGCGGUUAUGAAAAGGUUGUUGCGGAUAAGAAGUGGAGGGAAGUAGGCAACGUGUUCAGGUUCGGUCCGACGACGACGAGCGCUUCUUUUGUGUUGAAGAAGCACUACAUGAGCCUCCUGUUUCACUACGAACAGGUUUACUUCUUUAAGCAGCAGGGACCACCACGGACUCCUCCAUCAGUUUCUGAGCUUUCACAUGAGCCGAAAAUGCUGUUUAAGGACAGCCCCUCUGAUACUAAAACAGAUUGCCCCAAUUGUGUAGGACCAGGAAAAGCAGGCUUUUCGGCCGUUGGGGUAAUCGAUGGGAAAUUUGAAUGUGGUUAUCUGGUUUCGGUGAAACUUGGCUCGGAGAUCCUAAAGGGUGUGCUUUUCCAUCCUGUGGAUCGGUCAUGCCCAACUCCCUCUGUUGUUCCCCAAUCUAAUGCUUUGGUGCCUUAUUCUCGUAAAACUCGGCAUGGGCGAAUGAAGAGGUGGAGCAGAAGAAGGGGAGACCCUAACUACCCCAAGCCCAAUAGGAGCGGCUACAACUUCUUCUUCGCGGAAAAGCAUUACAAGCUCAAGUCUCUGUAUCCCAACAGGGAGAGGGAGUUCACUAAAAUGAUUGGUGAAUCAUGGAACAAACUCAGCCCCGAAGAGCGGAUGGUUUAUCAAAAAAUCGGGUUGAAAGAUAAGGAGAGGUACAAGAGAGAACUGCAAGAGUACAAGGAAAAGUUGAUGCUGGGGAAAAGCUCGGAAGCUGGGAUGAAGCCCAACUGUUAAAUGCAGAAGACGAAGAGAUUCCUAGGAUAGAUUGACCAGUAGAAACAUUGAACAACAUCAAAUGACUUAUUCCUUCGAUGCUUUAACUAUUAACCCUUCUUGGUCUAUAAGUAUUGUAGUUUGGUACAAGAGAAGCUGUAAUGUCUCCAUCCUCAUAAGUUCAAUAUUAAACUUGUCCUAA